GCAACAAACUCUAGGAAGAAGAGAAGCGUAAUUUAGGGGGUGUAUCCCUUGUUUAAGACGCUGUUAUGGCAAAGCCAAUCGCCAGAUGUUUGUGUUCCUCACUCCGAUUUUGAGACUAAGCAGAACGCCGGGUUACUACGCGGAGGCUGAAUCUCCUAUCCAAGCCUCACUUUUUUUUAGCCAAAGUCUAGCGAUCUCUCUUUGCUUUGCGCACAGGAUUACUCGUCUAUUUCGCGGAACUGCAACCAUUUUUUCCCUUUUCUGUCAUUCUUUAACAGGGUGAAGGAAAUGGCAAAGGAGAGAGGAUCGGGUCUGGGAGAGCGCAGAGGAAACCAGAGCUGAAUGGCAGGAUGCGAGCGACCUGAAGACGCACAAAACCGCACAUUUCUACAGCUCUCAGACCCUUUUUGCGCGCUCUUUCGGUUUCCUUCCUUACACGCGAGAGGAAUUACCCCAACACGACCAUCUGAGGAUUGUCUCUUGUUCUUCAUUUUUUGCACAAUUUUUGUUAUUUUUUCCGCACUCCGAACUCUAGGAUUCGAGGAUGCAUUGUGGAUUAGUGUUGAUCCUCUUUUCGGGAAUCUUUCUCAUCGUCAGUGCUUUCAAAAAUGACAAAUGUGGGGACAAUAUCAGGAUCACUAGUGCGAAUUACCUCACCUCGCCCGGCUAUCCUGUCUCUUACCACUCGUCUCAGAAAUGCAUAUGGGUGAUUACAGCUCCAGGACCCAACCAGAGGAUUUUGAUCAACUUCAACCCACACUUUGACCUGGAAGACAGAGAGUGCAAAUAUGACUAUGUGGAAGUGAGAGACGGUGUGGAUGAAAGUGGGCAGCUGGUGGGCAAAUAUUGUGGAAAGAUCGCUCCGUCUCCGGUGGUCUCUUCGGGAAACCAGCUCUUCAUCAAGUUUGUGUCCGACUACGAGACUCAUGGCGCCGGAUUCUCCAUCCGCUACGAGAUCUUCAAAACGGGUCCAGAAUGUUCCAGGAACUUCACCUCCAGCGGCGGAGUCAUCAAGUCGCCCGGAUUUCCAGAGAAAUACCCCAAUAAUUUGGACUGCACGUUCAUGAUCUUUGCUCCCAAGAUGUCAGAAAUCGUUUUAGAGUUCGAGAGCUUUGAGCUGGAGCCAGACACGCAGCCGCCCGCUGGAGUCUUUUGCCGAUAUGACCGCCUAGAGAUUUGGGACGGAUUCCCUGGAGUUGGUCCAUACAUUGGCAGAUACUGCGGACAGAAUAGUCCAGGACGGAUCAUAUCCUACACUGGAAUUUUGGCGUUGACAAUCAACACAGAUAGCGCUAUUGCUAAAGAAGGAUUUUCGGCUAAUUUCACUGUGCUGGAAAGGACGGUUCCUGAUGACUUUGACUGCACCGAGCCUUUGGGUAUGGAAACUGGGGAAAUCCAUUCGGAGCAAAUCGUGGCCUCGUCCCAGUACAGCAACAGCUGGUCUGCAGAACGAUCACGACUCAACAACCCAGAGAACGGCUGGACGCCUUUGGAGGACACAAACAAAGAGUGGAUUCAGGUUGAUCUUGGAUUCCUGCGCUUUGUCUCGGCCAUCGGCACACAGGGAGCCAUUUCUCAGGAGACCAAGAAGAAGUAUUAUGUGAAGGAAUAUAAGGUGGAUGUGAGCUCCAAUGGAGAAGACUGGAUCACUAUUAAGGAUGGCCCAAAACAGAAGAUUUUCCUGGGUAACACCAACCCUACCGAUGUAGUGAAAGCCAAGCUUCCAAAGCCCACGCUGACCCGAUACCUGCGGAUCCGACCCACUAACUGGGAAACUGGCAUCGCACUGCGGUUCGAGGUCUACGGAUGCAAGAUCUCAGAGUAUCCGUGCUCAGGAAUGUUGGGAAUGGUUUCAGGCCUGAUCGCAGACUCUCAGAUCACCGUAUCAUCCCACAUCGAGCGUACCUGGGUUUCAGAAAACGCUCGUCUGCUGACCAGCCGUUCAGGAUGGAUGUUACUACCACAGUCGCAACCUUAUGCGGACGAAUGGCUGCAGAUAGAUCUGGCCGAAGAAAAACUAGUCAAAGGUUUAAUCAUCCAGGGAGGCAAACACCGGGAUAACAAGGUGUUCAUGAAGAAGUUUCGUCUGGGAUACAGCAACAACGGAUCAGAUUGGAAAUUGGUGAUGGAUGCUACCGGCAACAAGCCCAAGAUUUUUGAGGGGAAUUUGAACUAUGACACCCCAGCAUUGAGGAAAAUGGAGCCUGUAUUGACCCGCUUUGUAAGGAUUUACCCAGACAGAGGCACUCCUGCUGGAAUGGGACUCCGACUGGAACUUUUGGGAUGUGAAAUGGAAGUGCCUACAGUGCCGCCUACUACUCCCGCUUCCUCCACCACACCAUCAGACGAGUGUGAUGACGACCAGGCCAACUGCCAUAGUGGAACAGGUGAUGACUACGACCAGACAGGUGGAACCACUGCUACAGAGACGACCGUGGAGAUGAGCACCGUUCCAGGAGAGAAAACGUUCCUGUGGUUUGCUUGUGACUUCGGCUGGGCAAAUGAUCCUUCAUUCUGCGGCUGGAUCUCUGAGGACAGCGGUUUCAGGUGGCAGAUUCAGUCCAGCGGGACCCCGACUCUAAACACCGGCCCAAACAUGGACCACACAGGCGGAUCAGGGAACUUCAUCUACACGCUGGCAACGGGCGCUCAGGAGACAGAAGUGGCCCGGUUAGUGAGUCCAUCAGUGUCGGGCCAGGACUCGGACCUCUGCCUGUCGUUCUGGUAUCACAUGUUUGGCUCUCACAUCGGCACGCUGCACAUUAAACAGCGCAGAGAGACCAGUCAGGGCUCGGCUGAUGUGCUGCUGUGGACCGUCAGUGGACAUCAGGGCAACCGCUGGAGGGAGGGACGCGUCCUCAUACCACACUCCAACAAACCCUACCAGGUGGUAAUUGAAAGUGUGGUCGAGAGGAAGAGUUGGGGAGACAUCGCUGUAGACGACAUCAAAAUCUUAGACAAUGUGAACUUGGCCGACUGCAAGGACCCAGAUGUCCCAGCAGAGCCGAUACUGCCAAAAGACAAAUUCAACGAAAUCAUGGUGGACAUCACAGAUUUCCCAGAGAUCGAGGGGAACAAUGAAAUGGGCGGAGCUGGAAACAUGCUGAAAACACUGGACCCCAUCCUCAUUACCAUAAUUGCCAUGAGCGCGCUAGGUGUUUUCCUGGGCGCCAUCUGCGGCGUGGUGCUGUACUGCGCCUGCUCUCACAGCGGCAUGUCAGACAGGAACUUAUCGGCCCUGGAGAACUAUAACUUUGAGCUGGUGGACGGCGUCAAGUUAAAGAAGGACAAGCUCAACUCACAGAACUCGUACUCAGAAGCGUGAGGCGCCGACCAAUCAGAGGGAAUCUCUCCUCAGGGGGGCGGGGCUACAUGGACUGCCGAUGCCAUCCGAUUGGAGGAGGACAAGGCUCUGUGGUUCAGUGAACCAAUCGGAGGAGGACUGGGACUGAGCCGUGCUUUUCUCAGGAGCUGCAGUGAAUGGAACCUACCAGUAGGGGGACACUGUGUACAAAACAUUGACAAAA